AUGGCACGAAGGGUCCAGAACUACGACGAUUAUGGCACCGCAGUCCAUCAGAUAAUCCUAUCAACCUCAGAUGCCGAAUUCCUCGAUCAGUUAAUACCAGUCUUAAAAGAUGCGACAGCAACUAAUCGAGCUGCCGCUCUCACACAAAACUUAUCGCAAUAUGCCGACGAUCGAGAGUCAGAAAUUGAGAGGAUAGGCUUAACGAAGCACGAGGAAUUCCUCGGUUCUGUCAAUCACCUCCAAAAUGUCCGCGAGCGGACGGUCGCUCUGACUGCGGAUAUCCUCGAGUUGAAUCAGUCCAUUCAAGCCAGUACCGAGAAGUUGGCAGAGCAGAAGCAAGCAUUGGUCAAUACGAAAGCUGUUCGAGAGAAUAUUUCCGAAGUAUCCGAUGCGUUGAAGGAGUCUUCGAAGAUCCUGCACGCAGUCAACAACGCCCACGAAUUGAUCCGGAAAAAGAAGUACUACGCUGCCCUCAAGUCUCUCGAAGAUCUUCAGAACGAGUUCCUGGUUCCGAUAAUACAGAAUAAUUAUGCAACCCAGCACCAACUCGCCAACCUAAUACAGAAGUCCAUUCCUGCCUCCCAGAAGACUAUAUCCGAAGCGGUCAUGACAGAUCUCAACACAUGGUUAUUCCGUAUUAGAGAGACGUCCCAAUUUCUUGGCGAGGUGGCAUUCUACCACACUGAGAUGCGCCGUACACGGCAACGAGAGAGGUCAGAGAAGGAUGAGUUUCUAAACCAUUUCAAACUAAACUCUGCGAUCGAGCUGGUAUUCGACGAGAGUGAGGAAUUUGACGUGCUAGACAACGAAGAGUUAAAGGUCGAUUUUUCGCCUCUAUUCGAAGCUUUACACAUACAUGAUGCCCUCGGGAAAACUGAUAGGUUUCGAUCCGAAUAUGCUGCAACCAGAAGACGGCAAAAAGAACUUCUGAUACCGAUUUCCGUGAGCCUUACGACUGAUGACGAAUCUUCUUCAUUGAGUAGCUUGUUGGAGGGCAUUGCCGGGUUUGCGAUUAUCGAAAAGGCGACAAUGCGGCAAGCUCCUCAACUACGUACAGCUAUAGAUGUUGAGGAGCUGUGGGAUUCGAUGUGCUCUGCUGCGAUAUCCCUGACGUCGAAAGCGCUAACUGACAUAAACGAUGCCCAAAUUCUCUUAAAUGUCAAGGGGCGAGUUGAUCUCUUCAUUCUGACAAUGGAGGGAUGGGGAUAUUCCGUGUCAAGACUAGAUGAGUUUCUGGUCGAUCUUUUCGAUAGAUACGCUGAUCUACUGAAGAGGAGGUUCAGCGAUGACUUCCAAGAGAUCGUUUCGACUGAUGAUUAUAUGCCAAUGGCUAUCAACACAAGAGAAGAAUAUGAGAAGGUGGCUAACGUUAGCUGGUUUGCCCCUGAGAAACCUAUUGAAGAGCUCACUUUCCCCUGUGUUUUGCCCUUCUCGCAGAUGUAUCCACUGUGUUGCAUCGAUAUCAGGAACUUCCUCAACCAGUUCUACUUUUUCUCAGAUGACCAUUUUCAACAUCCUAAUAAGAUUGAUGAUACAUUACGCAAAUCUCUUGAUGAACUCCUCACCACAAAAGUGUGCCAGUCCCUGGUCGAGAGAUUAAGUUCGCAAUAUCUGGGCCAAAUAGUCCAGAUUUUGAUCAAUCUCGAGCAUUUCGAGAUUGCCUGUCAGGAAUUGGAGCAGCUGCUUAUUCGAGCGCGGUCAUCGGCGUCUGCAGGCGGACCUUUAACUUUGGCUGCCACGGAACAGUUUAGGGAUCAUAAAAAGACGGCGGAAAAACGCAUUUUUGAGCUUGUGAACUCCAAAAUCGAUGACCUUGUCGAGACGGCAGAGUACGAUUGGAUUGCAUACAGCCGUCCCACGGAACCGAGCAACUACAUGCAGACAUUGACCAGGUAUCUGUCGAACAUUAUGAACUCGACGCUACUAGGCCUACCAAGAGAAAUUAAGGAACUUAUUUACUUUGACGCGCUCAGCCACGCGGCAAACAAGAUCCUCGCCCUCCCGCUGUCACCGGACGUCAAGAAAAUCAACCCGAACGGCGUUGCGGCGCUUUCGAUGGAUGUCCAGCAUCUGACUCACUUCGUCGACGGCCUUGAGAAUGGCUUUAUGCUCCGGUCCAACUUGGACGAGCUGGAACAGACCAUCCAGCUUCUGCAGUCGGAUAACUCGGACGAAUUCUUCGACAUUUCUACCAGGAACAAGAAGUACGGGCGCGUAGAUGCUUUGAAUGGUCCUAUCUUGUUAGAAAAGCUUACUUCACAUAUCUUGAGUCCAGGCCAGACUGCGCAGCGAUUCGCCAACUUCUCCUCGAACCUCUCAUCACGCUUUGGAACUAAAUAA